CCCCUUCUAGCAGGAAUUGGGAAGGAAAGUUCAAAACUCCUUGGACCUGCCCAGUACAUUAUGUCAGCUGUCAAUGACACCAAAUUCAACUCUGCAGUGUUCCUGCUCACCGGAAUACCUGGGCAGGAAGAUGUUCAUCUCUGGCUGUCCAUCCUCUUUUGUUUCAUAUAUGUUAUUUCAAUAGUAGGAAAUUCAGUCAUUCUGUUCAUUAUUAAAACAGAUCUAAGCCUCCAUGAGCCCAUGUACAUUUUCCUUUCCAUGUUGGCUGUCACGGACCUUGGCUUAUCGAUAGUCACAAUACCAACGAUCCUGGGGAUAUUCUUGUUUAACUCAAGGGAGAUAAGCUUUGAUGCCUGUUUAGCCCAGCUGUUCUUCAUCCACUCGCUUCAAUUCAUUGAAUCCUCCAUGCUCUUGCUCAUGGCCUUUGACCGCUUCGUCGCUAUCUGUAGCCCGCUGAGAUAUGCUUCCAUCUUAACCCUGCAGAAAAUAGCCAAGAUGGGACUGGUGUGUGUGCUAAGAGGGUUGGCUGUAGUAUUCCCAGUCCCCUUUCUUCUAAAACGGUUCCAAUAUUGUCGAGCCAAUAUCCUCUCCCAUUCCUACUGCCUGCACCAGGACGUUAUUAAGAUGGCUUGUUCAGACAUCACAUUCAAUAGCAUCUAUGGCUUGGCUGUUACACUCUUAACAGUGGGUUUGGACUCGCUUCUCAUCUUCUUCUCUUAUGUGAUGAUCCUCAAAACAGUGCUGAGCAUUGCAUCCUCCGUGGAGUGCCUCAGAGCCUUGAACACUUGCGUCUCCCACCUCUGCGCCGUCCUGCUCUUCUACACUCCAGAAAUUGGCUUGUCUGUGUUACACAGAUUUGGGAAGGGCUCUUCUCCCUUGCUUCAGAUUCUCCUGGGCUACAUUUACUUGCUGGUCCCGCCUCUGAUUAAUCCAAUCGUGUACAGCGUGAAAAGCAAACACCUUCGUGAGAGGAUAAUCAGGGCGUUCAUCAAGUGA